AUGCAUUAUAAACCCCUGAAGAAAGCCCAUGCUUCGUCCCCUGCUUCUCUAUUUCCCACCCUUCCCUUGCACGAUGUGGCUUUGAGCUCCCGGCCAGUGUCACACCCAGCGCGUGUUAGUGCGCACAUGGCACGACCUGCCGAGAUGCCGAGGCAGGAAGAACAGCUGAGGCGAGCCAAUGUGGCAACUGAGACGGCAAGACGCAACUCAAAAAACACGCCCCCAUGCAUGUUUGCUAGCUCCAGUGCCGUGUUUACCGCGUUCCCUUUCCAAUUGAGGGCUCUCGAGUGCAGCAUGGAACAAGAUAGACUCUACUUGCUUCAGCAUAGGCUAGCAUGUGCUCCCACGGUGUGUUGA